AUGAGUAAGGUUGAAAUGACCCCGGAGGAGAUGGAGGCUAGGGAGCAGGAGGAGUUCAACACAGGACCACUCAGGGUGCUGACGGACAGUGUAAAGAAUAACACUCAAGUGCUCAUCAACUGCAGGAACAACAAGAAACUCCUCGGCAGAGUCAAGGCGUUCGACAGACAUUGCAAUAUGGUGUUGGAACAAGUGAAGGAGAUGUGGACUGAGAUGCCUAAAACCGGAAAAGGACAGAAGAAGGGUAAACCUGUAAACAAGGACAGGUUUAUUGCCAAGAUGUUUCUCCGCGGGGAUUCCGUCAUCCUAGUCCUGAAGAACCCUCUCGCCGCCGCAGCUCCCUAA